AUUUCUAGGGCCGGGCGCGUGGGCGGGGAGGCCUGGAGGAUUUAACCCAGGAGAGCCGCCGGUGGGAGGCGCAGGUUGGCGCCGCUGCGCGCCUAGGCCCCUUCCUGGCCUGCAGCCGCCACCUGCCCAGUGACCAUGAUAGUGUUUGUCAGGUUCAACUCCAGCCAUGGUUUCCCAGUGGAGGUCGAUUCUGACACCAGCAUCUUCCAGCUCAAGGAGGUGGUUGCUAAGCGACAGGGGGUUCCGGCUGACCAGUUGCGUGUGAUUUUCGCAGGGAAGGAGCUGAGGAAUGACUGGACCGUGCAGAACUGUGACCUGGAUCAGCAGAGCAUUGUUCACAUUGUGCAGAGACCAUGGAGAAAAGGUCAAGAAAUGAAUGCAACUGGAGGCGACAACCCCAGAAACAUGGCGAGAGGCUGUGAGCGGGAGCUCCAGAGCUUGACUCGGGUGGACCUCAGCAGCUCAGUCCUCCCAGGAGACUCUGUGGGGCUGGCUGUCAUUCUGCACACUGACAGCAGGAAGGACUCACCACCAGCUGGAAGUCCAGCAGGUAGAUCAAUCUACAACAGCUUUUAUGUGUAUUGCAAAGGCCCCUGUCAAAGAGUGCAGCCGGGAAAACUCAGGGUACAGUGCAGCACCUGCAGACAGGCAACGCUCACCUUGACCCAGGGUCCAUCUUGCUGGGAUGAUGUUUUAAUUCCAAACCGGAUGAGUGGUGAAUGCCAAUCCCCAAACUGCCCUGGGACUAGUGCAGAAUUUUUCUUUAAAUGUGGAGCACACCCCACCUCUGACAAGGAAACAUCAGUGGCUUUGCACCUGAUUGCAACAAAUAGUCGGAACAUCACUUGCAUUACGUGCACAGACGUCAGGAGCCCCGUCCUGGUUUUCCAGUGCAACUCCCGCCAUGUGAUUUGCUUAGACUGUUUCCACUUAUACUGUGUGACAAGACUCAAUGAUCGGCAGUUUGUUCACGACCCUCAACUUGGCUACUCCCUGCCUUGUGUGGCUGGCUGUCCCAACUCCUUGAUUAAAGAGCUCCAUCACUUCAGGAUUCUGGGAGAAGAGCAGUACAACCGGUACCAGCAGUAUGGUGCAGAGGAGUGUGUCCUGCAGAUGGGGGGCGUGUUAUGCCCCCGCCCUGGCUGUGGAGCGGGGCUGCUGCCGGAGCCUGACCAGAGGAAAGUCACCUGCGAAGGGGGCAAUGGCCUGGGCUGUGGGUUUGCCUUCUGCCGGGAAUGUAAAGAAGCGUACCAUGAAGGGGAGUGCAGUGCCCUGUUUGAAGCCUCAGGAACAACUACUCAGGCCUACAGAGUCGAUGAAAGAGCCGCAGAGCAGGCUCGUUGGGAAGAAGCCACCAAAGAAACCAUCAAGAAAACCACCAAGCCCUGUCCCCGCUGCCAUGUACCAGUGGAAAAAAAUGGAGGCUGCAUGCACAUGAAGUGUCCGCAGCCCCAGUGCAGGCUCGAGUGGUGCUGGAACUGUGGCUGCGAGUGGAACCGCGUCUGCAUGGGGGACCACUGGUUCGACAUGUAGCCAGGGCAGCCGGGUACCCCAUCGCCCCAUCCUGGGGGAGCAUACCCAGUGUCCUACCUUCAUUUGCUAAUUCUCUUUUCAAACACACACACACACACACACAUGCACACACACACACGCACACAUACACGCACACACACACUCUUCAAGUUUUUUUCAAAGUCCAACUACAGCCAAAUUGCAGAAGAAGCUCCUGGAUCCCUUUCACUAUGUCCAUGAAAAACAGCAGAGCAACAUUACAGAAGAAGCUCCUGAAUCCCUUUCAGUUUGUCCACACAAAACAGCAGAGCCAUCUGUGACACCACCAACAGGCGUUCUCAGCCUCCAGAUGACACAAAUACCGGAGCACAGAUUCAAGUGAAAUCCAUGUAUCUGUAUGGGUCAUUCUCACCUGAAUUCGAGUCAGGCAGAAUCAGUAGCUGGAGAGAGAGUUCUCACAUUUAAUAUCCUGCAUUUUACCUUCAGUAAAUACCAUGAAGAUGCCAUUGACAAGGUGUUUCUCUGUAAAAUGAACUGCAGUGGGUUCUCAAAACUAGAUUCAUGGCUUUACCAGUAAUGUUCUUAUUUAAAUUUUCAGAAAGCAUCUAUUCCCAAAGAACCCCAGGCAAUAGUCAAAAACAUUUGUUUAUCCUUAAGAAUUCCAUCUAUAUAAAUUGCAUUAAUGAAAUACCAACUAUGCAUAAAUUGACUUGUCACUAAGUGAGAAAUUAUGAAAGUUAAUUUGAAUGUUGAAUGUUUGAAUUACAGGGAAGAAAUCAAGUUAAUGUACUUUCAUUCCCUUUCAUGAUUUGCAACUUUAGAAAGAAAUUGUUUUUCUGAAAGUAUCACCAAACAUCUAUAGUUUGAUUUUGAUUAUUCGUUUUGCAGCUUGGAGAUUUUGCUAAUACAUUUGGCUCCACUGUAAAUUUAAUGGAUAAAGUGCCUAUAAAGGAGACAUGUUUAGAAAUGAUUUCAAAAUGAUAUUCAGUCUUAACAAAAGUGAAAAUUAUUAAAUCAGAAUCUUUAAAGAGGAGCCUUUCCAGAACUACCAAAAUGAAAGCAUGCCUGACUCUCUCCAUCAGAAGGGUUUGGCACACCCUCUCUGUCCAAUCUGCAAGUCCCAAGGAGCUCUGCACACCAGGGGUUCCCCAGGAGAGACCUUCUUUUAGGACAGUAAACUCACUUGAAUAUUCCUUAUGUUGACAAGGAUUGGAUUUCAGUUCCAUCAAACUUUCAGCUUUUUUUUCAGCCAUUAACAACACAAUCAAAAGAUUAACAACACCGCAUGUGGCAAACCGCAUGCUCUUACGCACACUACGCAGAAGAGAAAGUACAACCACUAUCUUUUGUUCUACCUGUAUUGUCUGACUUCUCAGGAAGAUCGUGACCAUAAAUGAGGGCAUGAGUCUCACUAGCACAUGGAGGCCCUUUUGGAUUUAGAGACUCUGUAAAUUACGAAAUCGGCAACAGGGCUUCUCUUUUUAGAUGUAGCACCUGAAAUCCUUGCUGGAGGGAAGAGAGGGGAUGAACUCAAAUUUUCCACAUCCCGGGACACCUGUCCCUCUUUUCCUAACUGCGUAAGAUAACCCAUUUCUUCCAACCAUCUGAGGACAGUCCUGUCCCCUCAGAGGCCCUGUGCCGGGGAGAGACUGGGCUCUGCAGCAGCCACGUCAGCAUUCACAGCUUCAUGUGGCUUCACUGUCUGAAAAUCUACCGACUCCAACAUGGCCCCACGGUGACAACAGACCUGCGACAGGAAGCCCAAAGCUCACGUAGAAAUGGUGGAGAGAUCAAAGUCUCUAUAGUAAGGGAAAAAAAAGAGAGGUCGCAGGCAUGAGCCCCUGCACCCAGUGGCUCGUGUCCAUACUGAGUCCAGACCCCGAUCAGGGCCUGACUUCGUGUCACUGGCAAUCCCACUAAAUUACACUUCCUUACACUGGCCCGAUGCGACGAAUCAGGUGGCUCCCUUCUAUCACGUGGCGCACACAGUGUUCUCCAUCAUCCAUAGCUUUGUUCCCGAUGAUGUUUGCAUUAUGGCGCCUUCCCAAUCUGCAUGCUGCGUUAGGCUCGCGGUGCCUGAACAAGGUUUGCUCCCACAAGCUCAGGCACCCUAGGAUCCCCUGUUAGACUAUUAGGCUGUCCAGCAUGGUCUCUUUCCUUUCUUGGUGGUGGUCUUUUCCCUUCCCAGAAUAGAACAGUGAUUCUUAGAAUAAGUUAGAGCAGGCCGGGCACGGUGGCUCAUGCCUGUAAUCCCAGCACUUUGGGAGGCCGAGGU